CUACUCCAAUAUCACGGAGAAUUAAGGAAGUUAGAUAUCAUUAUGUUAUUGACCGUAUAGACAGGACAAUGUCUAGAGAUUUUCUCCUCACGGUUUCGCUUCUACUCAUUUUUGGCUCGUGCGGAUUUCCAUCAAUUUUGGCAGCUCCCUUUCUCAUAGACCACGAGACCGGACGCCGUGUCCCCGUGCCAAACCGCUGCCUUAAAGUUUCCCCACAUGAAGAAGUGGUGGUCGACCAAGGCGACACACCUGUGUUGAGGUGUCGCGCCUUUCAGAACCAAGUUCGCUCUUCGACCCUGCAACAGGUCUUCUGGAGGAUUGGCGGACGGCCUCUCUAUCCCAGUCACUCAAAAGCAAGAUUAUCAAUACUUGAAGAUUACACCCUAGUGUUGAGGAACACCAACCUCCACGACAGUAAGACAUACGCGUGUGUUGCAGUAUGGAAGGACAUUCGAGGUCGACUUUGCGUUGUGGAAUCCACCGUCAGUCUUUGGGUACUCAGAAAGAUUAAACAGCCGCUUGACGACAUUUGCGGUCAACCAUGGGACAGUAGCAACCCGCCCAGUCAGGUCCCGUGGAUGGCGAUGCUGAAGAGCAAGUUUACAAACCAACCAUUCUGUGGAGGAGCCUUGAUUAGCGACCAGUGGGUCCUCUCUGCUAGCCAUUGUUACAACGAAUAUACUGGUGACUUCGAGAAUGAUGUCGUGGUGAAGCUCGGCGCGGAGGAUUGGUCGGGAGAAGAGUUGGAGAUUGAGGACAACGGCGUACACCACCACGGGGGAAGUGGAGGGCACUCAAUGUACGACAAGGACUUGUUACUCAUCAAGUUGAAAACUAAAGUCCAAUAUAACGCUGCCGUCUGGCCGAUAUGUCUCCCUCCCCACUCUACAACAGAAGGUGAACUAGGUCUGAUGACCGGUUGGGGAUCUCGUCACCUAGGCGGGCAACCUUCAAGACUGCUGAAGAAGAUUCACUUGCCUGUGAGGAGCAGACAGCUUUGUGCGAACAGAAUCCCCCGGGGGCACAGGUUCACGGAGAACAUGUUGUGCGCCGGUCGUGGUGACGGGCGGCCUGAGCAGUGCAAUGGCGACUCCGGUGGUCCAUUGGCUGUUCAGAGGUCGGGCAAGUGGACACUAGCGGGUGUGGUGUCUUUCGGAGAUGCAUGUAUAGGGCAUACUAACCAAUACGGCUACUCCGUCGAAGUUAGCAAAUUAGUCAGCUGGAUCAGGAAAACAGUGCUUGACCAAUCUUUCGUCUCGCCGAGCUAUGGUACUGACUGUGCGGAUUACGAUUAUGACUGCCUAUCCGACACCAACGACUUUCACAUGGACGACUAUUAAACUCUGCGACAUUCCUCAAAGGGACCAAUAUUUCAGAUACAAAGACGGUUUGCAUAGCCAGCCGGUGUGUAAUGGAUAUAGUAUCAUGCACGAAUACAAUGUAUCAAGGGAAGAAGAAGAUCUUAUCCCACGUUCCCGAUCAUUUGUCUCAAUAGGCAUACACCUUAAUCUACCAUCGAACAGCAGGGUAUGGCCCAUUUUACAGAGGGACACUUAUUACGUACGUAGUAUCGAUAUAUUAUACAUAUAUCCUGGAUUUGAAGUGAUGUGUGAUGGUUGUGACUUCGUCCUCAAAAGGCCGAUUUGGGACAAAUGGCAAGUGAUCUACUGGUCAUUGUGCUGUACACGAACCUCGUAAUCAGUGUCUUUAUUAGAACAUUUAUGGAUAAAGUAUAUAGAGAGACAUUCUGGGA